UUGACUACAGGCUAUGAGCUCCAGACUCUUCCUAAAACUAUAUGCAGAUAGUGACUGGAUUAGAACUGCAUUAUAAUACAUAAAAAAUAGACGUAGGAUGAUUUUGCGACUAAAUGUCCUCCUGCGUUGAGCUGGACGCUUCUUCACUGCUGCUGUCUUCUGUCAGUUCUACAAAGAGAGAUGAGCUCCUUUCUGUCAUGGAUCACUGCACUCCUGCUCGCUAGAGUCACAAAUGGUGCAAUUGAUUUUAACUAUAUUUGCCAGAAUUAUAACACACUGAGUGAUCCAUGGCGUAAUAUUGGCUUUAACUCCGUCUUUGGAGGAACAACGAAAGAUCUUAACCUGAAGCAGGGGUGGUACCGCUUCACUGGUAUUGGAGGAGAUCGCCUAGUGCACUACUGUCCCAGGAAUUCUUCUACAACCCCUAUAUACCUCAACAAUAACAGCAGUUCCACACAAUUUCAGCUAUAUACAUGCGAUGCUCUCUACGGGAGCACCGGCAUCGAUUGUGCUCAAGAGAACAUUAGCACCAUAGACUGUGGUGGAGGGGUGAUCCUCUACAAUCUUUCUCCAAUCAGUGGAUUGUAUGCCUCGCGUCAUUCAUCCUGCAGUAAUUCGUCCUGUGGUGAGCACGCACAGUGCGGUUUUCUGUUUGGUAGUUGUGAGUGUAACCCUGGACUCUCCGUACCUGCUGGCGUCCUGUCCACAGAAGGCACCUAUGGAUGUACAGAUCUCCCCAUAAAAAAGUCUGCCGAAUGCCAGGCUGACUACACAGUGAAGUGUGUAGAGAUCCUCUUGGGUCAGAUUCAGAACAGCACAGUGAUACCCACAGUUGUGAUCAGGUAUACUUUGGAUAUGUUAAUGAAUUCGACAAUGAUUCUGAAAAAUGCAUCAACUGACAACAACGUACUGGUAUUCUAUGGAAACUCUGUACUUAAUGCAACUGAGAAGCUGGUAUCUGCACUGGUGGUAAAAACAAACACCUCUUACUACACAAACAUCUCUCUUCCAUCAAUACAGGCGGCAGUGUUUGUUUUUGGCCCAAAUGCUUCUAUCUCGGACAUUCCAUCACUCAACACAAGCAGUGCUUACUUGGAUAUUGACUUCAAUAAGCUUUCAAAGGAGAACAAGGGAAUAGACGCUGUGAUCUUCAUGAGCUACACUGGCAUGUCAAGCUUUUUGAAACCUACUUUCUUCAACAAAUCUUCCGACGAAGCUGAAAACUAUGAUGUCUACAGUACUGACCGUCAAAUUUCUCUAUAAUAGCAACCAACAAAUGCCCAGACAAAAGCAAUCUGAAGACAGUGAAUCUUUUAAUGUUACCGUGGAACAUUCUGCAACGAUUGAACCUGGAAGCGAGCUAUACUGUGUGAACUGGAGAGAUGUUGAAUGGGUGGAAGACAGUUGUAAAUAUAUCCCGAUCAACAGCAGCCACUCUAAAUGCUUUUG